CAGAUCGGCACUAGUGUUACCGGUGCUGAAAAAAUAACGUCCGAGUCGCGAUCGGGAUCGCAGCAGCCAAACAACGUAAAACAGUUACUUUCAGAAUUAAAAACGCCUAGAUUUUGUUUGAUAUUCGCGGGUGACUACAAGGAAAUUAACGUGAUUGUGUGUUAAUGAAUGUGUUUCAGUUCAUGGUGCAAGAAUUAAAGUGAAUAUUGAUAGGCCGCGCGCGCUUGAAGAAGAAAUUAUGGAUUAUCGAGGAUUUUACAAGAACGCUUCCCGUGGAAACCGUUUGAAGGAAGGCAACAACCAGCUGCUCCGAUCGAAACGGGAAAGCUCUCGGCAGGAUUUGCACUUUACUAACCGGAACCUCAGCGCAUCGGAUUUUGUUGAAAACGAUCCGGAAGAGUUACAUCACCAUCAUUCGCAGCGUCUUCUGGAUGUGGUGAAACCGAGAUUGAGCAGUGGCAAAAAACGGCGUCGCUCCCGCGGGAUCGAAGAUAAGGAGAAUGAAUUCAAAUCGAAGUACGAGGAACGCCUGGAACGGUUGAAGAGAUUUAAAGAGCAACGUGCCCAGGCCAGACAGAACACCGUAAAAAAGAAGCCUUUCGUGGCGGUGGUUUCCAAGAACAAUCUGGUGGACAGGGAGUACGAGAAGAAUCUGUUCAAAAAAUCCGAGGAGGAACUGAAGCGAUUGGCCGAAAAGAGGAAGGUUUUGACCCCGGCGGCCAAGAAUGCAACCCCGCGAGUAGACACCCGCCGCAAGGAUAAUCCCUCCGAACAAAAGCAGCCACGCUCGAGAAGAAACAUUUUGACUGUGCACACUCCAGUCUCGGUUAAGGAGGCUAAACCGAAGGUGGACACAUGGCGCAAAGGGUUGACCCCUGGCGGUGGUGCCACCGGGAUGCCGGAGAAACGAACCGGUUUGAAAUCGAGGAAUGGCACUGCAACGAAGAACGUUGCCACGAAAAGUGGGAAAAAGGUUGCACCAGCGGCGACGACAGUCGUUUCGUACAGAAAAGGGGACGCGGCGGCUUCGGCAGCUGGUUGCAGUACCAAUAUGCGCUACCUGGAGGUACGGUCCGGACAGAAAGCCGUGCAGUUCAUGUUCAAAUUCACCAAGGAUGGCAAAAUGGUAACAUCAACGAAUCGCAAAAAGCGCAAGAGUUUGGAAAGAUUGAACCGCGUCAAUGCACCAAACAAUAUUCAAAUACAUCGUUUUUCGCCGAAGGUUCCAAGCGAUGACGAUGUCUUCGAAGGAAUCAGUCCAAUAGAUGUUGACACGCCGACUCCCAAGAAGGUGGCCCUAGAUUCGGAAGCUAUUGCCAUCCGUAAGCGUGAAACCAGGCGUCGAUCUAUGGUAUUCACUGUGGAGGACGUCAAGCAAGAAAAGGAAGAUGAUUGGGCGCCACAGGUGAUCUCCAUCUCGGAUGACGAUUCCUUUGUGGGAGUUGCAGCGGUCAAAAAGGAACCGAAACUUAAUGAGUCAUUCACAGUGGAAGUCAAAGAGGAGAAAUUGUUCGAUCGGCGUCCUACUAUUGAUGAAUCACCGCCGAAGACUGAAUCCCCGAAACUCAUCGGCAGUGGAAGGAAAUCGUUCAGUGGAAGACCAUCGUUGGUGUUUAUGGAAGAAAAUAACGUUCCAGGUCUCACGUCGUUCAACAACGAUGCCACGCAAACAGCCAACAAACGUAAUUCUUUGGUAUUCAAGGAGGAAAGGAUCGAUUCUCCUAAAAUAGCCACGAUUGAAGUUUUUGACUCUCCUUUGAGACCUAACGGAACGAUGAGCCCUCGACGUCGCUCACUAACUCCAAGGAUGAGCUUUAUCGAAGAAGAUAUUGGCACAAUGACAAAGCCACUUCCGGAGGGCAACCUGGCGACGGUUCUUCUCAACAAACAACAGGAACCUAAGCGCCGUAGUAGCGGUGGAAGUAGACGUUCAUCCUUAGUCAAUUUCCGAGAAGAAGAUCAACCGCCUUCGGAUGUCCGCGAGAAAGUUGCUUUCUAUUAUAAUUUGGUGGAGAAGGAACUGAAGCGUUUGCAAGAACUUUGCGAUUUGUACAAAGAUGAUCUGGAAAGCGAGGAGAUCGACGAAAAUGGGAAAGGUUUAAUAAUAGCCGCCCAAGGGCAGACCAACAUUCUGAUCAAUAAGAAACUAUCAAAGUUCAAAGAGCUUGUUGCCCAUUACGAGCGUAGUUGGGCCGAUCAAAAGGUUCGAACGGAUGAUCUGGAUGGUUUUUGGUUAAUGGUGUCGUUGGACUUGGAAAAUCUCGAUCGUCGCUUCGAUGAACUUCGACUAUUGAAGGAGAACAACUGGCAGGAGGUUGUAGAGCAGCCCAAGGUGAAGAAACUCAAGAUCGGAGGAGGCAUCAAGAAACGCGAAAAGAAACCAAUGAAGACCAAGGCCAGCGGUCUUGCCGAUUUAAUCAAGAAGGCUCGCGAGGAAGCUAAGAAGAAACUAAUGUUGGAAGCAGCAUUAACCGAAACCGUUAAAGUAGUGACUCCGAUGAAGCGCUCCAUUCGUAUUGCUACCACGCCGCGACGUAGCAGUAUCUCUCGGAACAGCAUUUGCACCGGUUGCACACCGACACCGGGCAAAAGUGCGAGCAAGAAGUCUCGGAAAACUAUCUUCAAUGAUCACACACUUCGAAAGCACGAGAUCGUAAAAUCGAUUCUAAAAACUCCCAGCGAGAAACGGCGCGCAAAGAGUGUCCUGUUUCUAGACUCCGGACUAGACACACCUGAGGCCCGUGCAUCGGGCAGCGGUGGUCGCAAAAUUGUCCACACUCCGAAGCCGAAAAUCACCUUCAACGAAGAGCUAGAGGUUGAAGAUGUAGAAACGAUCUCGCACAUUACUCCAUACAAGUUGGACGACGAAAUACGCAAACGACGACGAAGCUCGUUGUUUUCCAAAGAGUGCCAAGAUCACGAGCAGGUAGUAUCGGAGGAAGUAUGUCAGUCUCACCAAACGAGGCGGCGGAGAACUUUGCGCUUCUCGAUGAACGCAGCUGCCGAGGAAGAUGCUGACCUGGAGGAGGCACGAGACCAAGUAAGCUCACCGGUAAAGUUUGACAAUGAGAAGAAAGACAAAACCAAGCGAACGCGAGGGAAAAGCAGAGGACGUGUUUCGUUUCAAUAAGACUUUUUCAUAAUUACUUUUUUUAAGUUUUAGUUGUGGCACUUGAUUUUUAUUUUACGACUUGUUUAGUACCUUUCUUGAAUGCGAGCUAUUUUGUUUAGCAUACUUUUACGCACAUUAUACUGUUUAUAGUAUUCAUC